AUGCGACGCUCGACGCGACUCGAGGCCGCGUCGACGGGCCGAGCCCCGCGCAUGUCGAAAUUGAUUGCACAACAUGCGCAACUUGUGCGUCAGGGUACAGAAGAGUCAGAUGACGAGUGGAAACCCGAUGGAACAGCCGCCGCCGCCGACGAUGAGGAAGAUGGGGAAUCGUCAGACUUGACGUCGUCGUCGGAGGAAGAAGAAGAAACGACCAAGCGGCGUGUUCGAGUGAACAAGAGAAAGGUCUUGGACAGUGACAGCUCUGAUCAGGAGAAGAAGACUACUGGACGUCGGUCGAAAAUGAAAAAGAUGAAGAGAGUCAAACGUCCGGUCAAAGCGCUGUCAAAUGCGCCGCCUCUACGGAAGGGACACAAGACGAGUAUACCAGCUACGAAGCGUUCUACCGAUGAGGUCAAGACUGAGGCGAACCGGCAUGGACCUAUGACCAAGUCGAUGAAAGAAAAGGACAAAACGUCGGAUACACAUCGACGGCCGAUGAAGCAGCAGAAGCGUGCCACUGUGCAUAUAAAAGAUGACCGCGUGGUGCAACAGACCACGGUAUCGCACAGCGGUGUGCCAUCGAAUUAUACACUGGACAACUUUUUUGACGAAAUACUGGAGUGGAGUUUUUUCGAGGCGUUGAGGCAAGAAGCACAGGGCAGUCAUUCACAUGGUACAGACGCGACGAACGAAGGAUCUGAGAAGGGUGACGUUGAGCAAGUACCGAGCAAGUUUCGGUCGUACGAGCACUACUUUUCGGUAUGGAAACCGCUCGCGCUGGAAGAAGUACAAGCGCAGACAAUCAACGCCGUCACGACGGAUAAUCCUAGCCCGAUCUCGGUCACUGUAAAAGGUUUUGGAGCGACAUUCAUCUCUAAGAGCUGCAAGGUUCGUGUAGACCUGAGGAAGCAAAACGCGUCGGGUAUGCGGCGCCAUCCGCUCUCCGAGUUCUAUGCGAACGAUCUGGUGCUUAUCUCACCAGAUGCAGGCUAUUUCCGUACAGCUUUGGCCCCGUUGAGAGGUGGCCAUGGUAAGAAGGGCGAAGCAAAUAAGGAAGCCGCAACGGGUCCUCCUGUUGGGUUCCUGGCAAUUGUGGCAACCCAGAGAGCGUCAAAAGAGGGGCUGACUAUGACCAUCUUGAGAUCCGGAUGGGGAGCAUUGGAGAAAGAGAAGAGCACCUAUCUGUUCAAGCUCAAUAACCUGGUCACCAGCGUCCGCGAGUUCCGUGCGCUUUGUGACUGUAGUCAUUACGGGCUGCUACCGCUGCUAUUGUCAGGCAAGCACAAGCAAGAGAAUAUGCAGCUUGAUUCACUUGGGCUUAAGUAUGUCCAAUGGCUCUCGAGAACUUUCAACGACUCGCAACGAGAAGCCAUUACAGCAGCCGCAACAUCAGAAGGGUUCACUUUGAUAAAAGGUCCUCCAGGCACAGGCAAAACCACAACGCUCAAAGGCCUGCUCAACUCAUUGCAUUUGCGCGAGUACAAUCGGUAUUACAACGCCGUACUAGAUGUGGCGCGUCGUCCGGAUAAUGAGACCGCAAAAGCAUGGGCGCAGGUGGGAAAUGAAAAGCCCCACAUUCUAGUUACCGCGCCAUCCAAUGCUGCUGUCGACAACAUCGUUAGCAAGGUGAUCGAAGAGGGAUUUUGUGAUGGCGAAGGACGACGGUACUUUCCUAAAAUCGUUCGCGUUGGACGAGGCUUGAGUGCAAAUGUGCAAAGCGUUGGCUUGGAAAACCAAGUCGACCAAAUUUGUAGCCAACCACUUGAUGUGCUUGAGGGCCAAAUCAAUCGCUUGCGGCACGAGCUGGUGGUGGUGGAGCGUGACUCGCUUAUGCUACGAGAUCAGUUGCGGGAUAUCGUUGCUUGGAUCGAGCACGAUCCGGUGAAGGCGUUGGAAGAGAUCGCUCAAGCGGAAGCGCAGCGAAACAAGCCUGCAGCAUCCGCACUUGUUUCGGCUUCGUUGCCGCAACUCCCUCCGCUUCCACAGCCACAAGAAAUGCCUUCCUCUUCUACUGCUGACCUCGUAUCGCCACCACCUCUGCCGCCGUCCCGACAAGUAUCACUAUAUCCGACUUCCCCUCCGCCGCCUCCCUCUCCCCCAGCUUCUAGACCCGCUACUGGGCGUUCUUGUCCAGAAGACGCAAGCGCAGUAGUUGACCCUGGUUGUGAUACCGUCGAUAUCAGAGGAGACGAUAUCGAUAUGCCGGAAGAAGAGGAAGAAGAUGAGGCAUUUCCUGCUUCGUUUGGAGCUCCACCGCCGGUGUGGGAUGAGCAACACGAGAUGUUUAAUGCUCGAGCGAGUGGACAGGCUUUGGACGCGUUUCUGGAUGAUGGCAGUAAUUCUGAAGAAGAUGAACCGCUCCCGGGUGGAGCGAGUGCCGAUAAAAGUCAAGACCAGGAGGAGCGUGGCAAGUCGUUAUCUUCUGCCUCCCGUUUGCAGACAGAUACUGGAAUGUCUGGUGAAAACGAUGAAAAGAAGUGUCACAACGAUCGUGCAGCCGCAUCGUCAGCUAGUGAUCCUAUUGUAGUCGACGAUGACAGCAGUGACGACACGCCUGAUCAGGACGAACCCUUACCAGGACAAGAACCAAGCGCCGAAUAUCGCAAGCAGGACGAGGAGCUGUUAUUCUUGACGGGGCAGCCAAACGGAAGUCAACAUCAUGAAGUGGUGGACUCCCCCCGUAGCUCGUUCCCGUCAUCGCCGCCUCCAUCUCCAUUGUCACCCGUGCCAUCGCUGCCUCCACCUCCUCCGUUACUACCACCGCCAGACGAUCUUUCUGACGGUCGACACCGGCCGUUGUCUCCGGCCGUUGUUAUAUCGCAGUCUCCACGUCCACCUCCACCAACUACUCCUGAUACAAUGGAUACGAAGGGGUGGGACCUCAUCGACUACUCAAGGUAUCAUCCUUAUGUGGCCAUGGCCCAGCGAAUCAACGGGUGUUUGGAAAAGCUUGCCGAAGUCAAGCUGGAGUUACAGCGGCACCAGUUUGCUCGACAAGCAGUCAGUGAAAUGAGGGGCAAACUGUCGCAAUCGACGCGGCAAUCUUUGGAAGUUUCAUUUCUGGAUACGGCACACAUUGUGUUCACCACGCUCAACAGUGCGGGUGUUGCUGCGCUAGAUGCUAGUGCCAGAUACGAUGUGCUGGUCGUCGAUGAAGCAGCUCAGGCUGUUGAACUAUCUACCAUCAUUCCGAUGAAAUUUGGCAGCAAGCAGUGUGUGCUGGUUGGCGACCCGCAACAGCUUUCAGCCACAGUUUUUUCCCGAAACAGCGGUCAGUCUCUGUAUGAGCGAAGUUUGUUUGAGCGACUGGAAAGCUGUGAACAUCCCGUGCAUAUGCUGCGAACGCAGUACCGAAGUCACCCGAUGAUUUCAGACUUUCCUAGAAACUACUUUUACGAUGGAAAGCUUCAAGAUGGAGACAAUGUGAAGGGUGGCGACUACGCGAAGCCGUACCACAAUCUUGGCCCCGCGUUCAUGCCGCUGGUGUUCUGGAACCUACUCAGCAGUCGCGAAAAAGCAACUAAAUCAGUGUCACGCAUGAAUGUCGGUGAAGCGGAGCUGGCAGUGAAUUUGUACCUCACGUUGCGAAACUCUUGCCCUUCUGACUCGAUUGCCGGCAAGGUUGGUAUGAUUACGCCGUACAGCCAGCAAAUGGAAGAGCUGAGGAAUCGAUUUCGCCGCGCUUUGGGCGAGCGCUACGAGCAAGAGGUGGAGAUCAAUACUGUCGACGGUUUCCAAGGACGCGAAAAGGACAUAAUUAUCUUGUCCACCGUGCGAGCUGACCCGAAAGCUGGUGUUGGUUUCUUGAACGACAUCCGGCGAAUGAAUGUGGCGCUUACUCGAGCAAAGUUUGCAUGCUAUGUGAUCGGCAAAGAGAAGACUUUGCGCUCCUCGAAGCCUUGGUCGGCUCUGUUGGACCAUGCGUACAAUCGGCAAUGUAUUGUUCAUGUGGAAAGCCCACAUUGCAAUCUGCUUAAACUGGAGCCGCUGGAGCAACCUGCUGAGACAGGAAGGAGUCAUGUAGCAGGGGUACCAAGAAGCUCGCAGUAUCAACGCCAAAGGCAACCUGACGCAACUCAGGCAAUGCCACCUGACUUUCAUGUACCAUACGCACCAUCAGGUAAGAGCUGGAACGAAAGAGGACGAGAGAAUGACGGAAUGCGUGGAGGGCGAUGGAAUGGUCAAAGGGGAGGUCGUGGUCAUCGAGGACGGCGUCGAGGAGCGCCAAUGCAGCCAUACGCGUCACAUCAGCAAUUCGGGCAGGGUUCGCAAUACCCAAGGCAACCUGCGCCCGGUGAAUAUGGUCAGCAUACGCCCAUGAGCGUGGCAAUGCAUUGCGAAGGAAGACCUCCUGCAGCAGGUGCCCCUCCGCAAUCCGCUCCGGGAUAUCCUGUCCCUCGCGGUCCUGCUCCGGCCUUCCACUCUGCUCCCGUGCAAGCUACAAGACCGUACCCUGGAAAUGCUGCUUCCGCGUUUCCUCAGCCAACAACCAAUGGGUCAGGACGUGCUAAGCCCCGAGAUCCUCGACAACGCGCAGCAAGAAAAACUGGGCCUUCUGACGUUGAGGGUUGA